AUGGGACCAAAAAGAGGAAGACAGUCAAACCACUAUUGGGCUGUUGAUGCUAUAGACGAGGAUGAAGGUACACAAAAUCUCGAGCUCAAGGUUAAAGAUAUUCAUAACUUGCUUAAUGGAUUAUGUGUGUUGGUGAACUAUGACGAUAAAUAUCAACCAAUUGGAGAAGCAUCUGCCUUACUUGCUGGAGUUUGUGGCCAACUAGCUCAAAAUCACAUUUUCUUUCCUAUAAGUUUUGAAAUAUGGACAACUAUGCCAAAUACUUACAAAGAUAAAGUGUGGGAGAGUACAUUAAAGGUAAAUGAAGAAUUGGCAAAAAGAGAUGUCAUGUGUAGAAUUGGAAAACUAUGGAGGGAGUACAAAUGUAAGCUUUGGAAUGAAUUUUAUGAUCCACUUCUUAGUAGAAAUGACCUCAUCAAGAAUGUGCCAGAAGGUCAUAACAUGGAUCAAUGGGCUAUUUUUAUUGAUUAUCGUCUCAAGCCUUCCAUAAUGAAUAUGUGUAAUAGAAACAAAGAUAUAAGGAAAAGACAAACAAUUCCUGACACUGGUGGUGGUAUGUCUUUGUCAAGAAGAAGGGAUAAUUUGAAAAAUGAGACUGGUAAGAAUAUUGGGCGAGUUGAAAUGUGGAAAAUAACACAUAAGAGAAAAAAUGGCACCUAUGUGAAUGAUGAGGCCAUGGAGAUUGGGGAAAAAAUUGAUGAUUUGAUGAUGCAAAAUUCAGAAACUGCAUUAGAUAUAUCUCCAUAUGAUCCGAUUGGUAUUAUAUUUGGAAAAGAGCAUGCAGGUCAAGUUAGAGGAUUCUCACAUGGAGCUUGUCCUACCCUUGCUUUUAAAAAGUCUACUACAAGAUUAAGUGGUAUGAAUUUUGCUUCAUCUAGUGGAACUUCUCCAAAUACAAAUGACAAGUUUGUACCAGAUAUUGGAAGCAGUGUGCCAGCUGCAAAUGACAAUGUAGGAUCAAGUGGAGCAAGCAAGACAAAUUGA